AUGAAUGAUUUGAAACUUUUGGAAAUUUGGGGCUUACGAAUCACACAGGAUGAAGAAUAUGAUGUGGUGGUUCUCGGUACUGGUUUGACUGAAUGUAUCCUGUCGGGCCUGCUGUCUGUCGAUGGCAAAAAGGUAUUGCAUAUGGAUCGAAACGAUUACUAUGGUGGAGAGUCGGCUUCCUUAAACUUGACCCAAUUGUAUCGUAAAUUCCGUUCUGGUCAAGAACCUCCCAAGCAAUUUGGUCGAGAUCGUGAUUACAAUGUAGAUCUGAUUCCCAAGUUUGCCAUGGCUGCUGGAGAGUUUGUCAACAUUUUAUACCACACUGAUGUCACCCGAUACCUCGAAUUUCGUCAAAUCGCCGGUUCGUUCGUAUACCGAGAUGGUCGUAUCUCCAAGGUCCCUGCAAGUGAAGUCGAGGUCGUGACAACGCCAUUGAUGGGUCUUUUUGAAAAGCGCAGGGCCAAAAAGUUCUUUGAAUUCAUUCAAGGAUACAAGUUUGAUAACCCUGCUACUCAACAAGGAGUCAACCUCGAAACCGCAACUAUGGCCGACGUAUAUAAAAAGUUUGGAUUGGAGGCAGGCACUCAAGACUUUGUUGGACAUGCUCUCGCUCUUGAAUUAGACGACACUUAUAUGACUGAACCUGCAAAGGACACCUAUGAACGAAUCUGCUUAUACAUGAACUCGAUGGCAAGAUACGGAAAGUCACCUUACAUCUAUCCCAUGUAUGGUCUGGGAGAGUUACCUCAAGGUUUUGCUAGGCUAAGUGCAAUUUAUGGAGGUACAUACAUGCUCAAUAAGCCAAUUGAAGAAAUUGUAUAUGGAGAUGAUGGUCGUGUAAUUGGAGUCAAGUCGGAAGGAGAGACUGCCAAGUGCAAGGCUGUUAUCUGUGAUCCCAGCUAUGCUCCAGACAAGGUUAAGAAGGUUGGACAAGUAGUACGAGUAAUCACCUUCCUCACACAUCCCAUUCCCAACACGGGUGAUUCCGACUCGGUGCAAAUCGUCAUUCCUCAAAAUCAAGUCAACCGAAAACAUGGUGCGUAUGGACCUAAUUCAGCAAUGGCUGCAGAUGUGCAGGCUCCAACCACUGACCAUUACGUUGCCAUAGUGUCGACUUUGGUUGAGACUGAUAAUCCAGAAAAGGAAUGCGCACCUGCAUUGGCUCUAUUGGGUCCCAUUGCCGAAAAGUUUGUCGCAGUAUCAGACAUCUUUGAACCAAUCGCGGAUGGUACUGCAAGUGGCCUCUUCAUCUCAAACUCAUACGACGCUACAUCGCACUUUGAGACUGUUUGUCAAGAUGUGAAGUCGUUAUACAAGCGUGUGACUGGCAACGAACUCAAGGUCGAGGGCAAAGUCAAGAAGGACGGUGAAGAAGACGAGAAAUAA